CCUCCAAAAUCAUAAAUUUUAAAGAAACUAUACUCUAUAAGAAAUAAUAAUAUGGGAAGGUCUCCUUGUUGUGAUGAAACAGGCCUUAAGAAAGGUCCCUGGACUCCUGAAGAAGAUCAAAAACUCAUCAACCAUAUCAACAAACAUGGCCAUGGUAGCUGGAGGGCACUCCCUAAACUUUCAGGUCUUAAUAGAUGUGGAAAAAGUUGCAGAUUGAGGUGGACUAAUUAUCUUAGGCCAGAUAUCAAGAGAGGCAAGUUUUCUCAAGAAGAAGAACAAACAAUCCUCAAUCUUCAUGCUAUUCUUGGCAACAAGUGGUCAGCAAUUGCAACACAUCUACCGGGGCGAACUGAUAAUGAAAUUAAGAAUUUCUGGAACACACAUCUGAAGAAGAAGCUAAUACAGAUGGGGUAUGAUCCGAUGACUCAUAGACCUCGAACCGAUAUAUUUAACAGCUUACCUCAUCUUAUAGCUCUUGCAAAAUUGAAGGAAUUAGUAGAACAUCAUCACUCAUCAUGGGAUCAAGGACAACAAGCUUCUAUUGCUAUGAAAUCACUACAAUCUGAAGUUACUACCCUUCAAUAUUUGAAUUUCCUUCUUCAACCACAAAAUAUGCUAGCAAACAACAUGACUACUAUUACCAAUAUCCAAGAAAUGGAAGCUUAUAAUAGUCUUUUAAACUCAAUGAAAGAUGAUCAAAUUAUUAUUGGCAAUAAUUCCUUCAACAAUAUUAAUAUUCCACCACCUAAUUCAACUAGUCUUCAAGAUUCAACCCCUUUCUCCCAUUUGCCUGAAUUACAAGACAUGAUAAACACACCUACUACUACUACUUCACCAUGGCAACUUCCUCCUCCUUCUUCUUCUCCGGCGAUUGUUGCAACAAAUGAUCAAUCAAAUUCCUCCAUUAAUAAUAUAGGAGAAGGAGAUAUUAUUAAUUUUACUCCUUCUUUCUUUGGAGGAGAAAAUCCUAAUUCAGGCUGGCCUGACAUUCUUCUUGAAGACUCUUUCUUCCAUCAUAUUCCCUAGUUUCUAAUUAAUUAGUAGUAUCAGAGGUAGCUUUCCAGUUUGACCGUGACAAUUACAAGCACAUAUAUAUGGUUGACAGGAAUAUCUAUUCAUGAUAUCGAAUAGAAAUGGUCAUUACCGGGCUAUAUCAUGAAUACUAGCAAAUAUGGUAUGAAAGACUUGGAGUUUCUUGUUUUACCAUUGUUAUGUUUUCCUUUUUUUUUUCCCUCUCUAUAUUGAACAUACACUGUCAAUUAAUUAAUACUUAUAAGAAGGCGUUGACGUAUACUAUAUGUAGA